AUGUGGCUGGGAAACCAGCUGUUCGUGGUCGUGUCCGACCCGGGGAUCGCAAAGGAUCUGAUGGUGACGAACGGGUCGGUGUUCUCGUCACGCAAGGAGAUGUUUGUGAAGAGUCAGCUUGUAUUUGUCGGCCGCGGGAUCACUGCGACGCCAUACAACGACCGAUGGCGCAAGCACCGCCGGAUUGCGACUGGAUGGCUGAACUCUCGCGCGGUAGCGGGAUAUACGGAUGUGCUGGAUCAUGAGGCGACGGUGAUGGUGCAGGAGCUGUACAAGAAGGGCCAGGCUGGAUGCGCACCGAUCAACCCACAACCACACGCAGGAAGAUGCUCGUUGAACAACAUGCUGACGAUCGUAUUUGGGAUGCGGACGGACUCGACCGAGCACCCGCUCGUCGGACGGGCCCUCAAGCUCUCGCGAGAGUUCAUGAACUGCACGGGCCCGGUGUCGAAUCUGGUCGACUUCUUCACGCCGUUGCAAUGGAUCCCGACUAUCAUGUCGAUUCGCGGGAAGAGGCUGCACAAGGGUCUGGUUGAGACGUACGGUGGGAUGAUUAACGACAUUGAGCGGAGGAUGAAGGCGGGCGAGGACGUGCCUGAGUGCUUAGCGAAGACGAUGAUCCUUGCGCGGGACGAGGAGCAGCUUGACCACCUGGACAUGGCUAUCUUGACGUCGGCGUUCAUGAUUGGCGGUGUGGAGACGACUGCAUCGAUCAUGCAAUGGUUCUCUGCACUCAUCCCCGCAUACCCUGAGAUUCAGAAGAAGGCGCAAGAGGAGCUCGACAGAGUAGUAGGACGCGACCGCCUGCCGACGGUCGAGGACGAGAUCAAUCUGCCAUACUGCCACGCAAUCAUCAAGGAGGUCGAACGCACACACAAUCCAUUCUGGCUGGGCACACCCCACGUAGCAUCAGAGGACUUCACAUAUGAGGGUCAAUACAUCCCCAAGGGCACGGUCGUGAUCCUGAACACGUACUCGAUGCACCACGACCCAUCGAGGCACCCGGCUCCAGAGACGUUCAACCCUGAGCGGUACAUCCACGACAGCACGAACAACACGGAGUCUGCGAACCUGGCUGACCCGAAUGAGCGCGACCACUGGAUGUUUGGCGCAGGCCGUCGCAUCUGCCCCGGUAUGAUCGUCGCAGAGCGCGAGAUCUGGCUGGCCAUCUCCCGUAUGCUGUGGGCGUUCAAUAUGGUCGAGAUCCCAGACAAGCCCAUCGACUUGAAGGAGUACGACGGACUGUCUGGCCGAUCGCCUGUACCAUUCCAUAUCAAGCUCGUGCCUCGCCACGAGAAUGUCGCAAAGGUCCUUGGAUUGUAA